CUCAGACUCAGACUCAGAGACUCAGACUCAGAGACUCAGACUCAGACGGAUCCUCGAGUUUAAAUAGAAUAUAAUAUAUAUAAUAGACCUACUGGAGGACCAGAGAGCUGCUAGCUGCUGUUAGCUCCUCGCCCCGGUACCCUGUAUCUGGUACCCGGGCUCUGGACUCUCCCUGGUACCCUGUAUCUGGUACCCGGGCUCUGGACUCUCCCUGGUACCCUGUAUCUGGUACCCGGGCUCCGGACUCUCUCUCGGUACCGUCUCAGCAUCUCUCCGGAUCCCUCCGGGUCUAGAGAACCAGGAGAACCAGGAAGAUGAUGGCUGCAGCUCUCAUCAAGGAGAUCGUGAGCAGAAACAAGAGACGAUACCAGGAGGACGGGUUCGACCUGGACCUGACCUAUAUCUAUCCCAACAUCAUCGCGAUGGGUUUCCCCGCCGAGCGUCUGGAGGGAGUCUACAGGAACAACAUCGACGACGUCGUAAAGUUUCUAGACUCAAAGCACAAGAAUCACUAUAAGAUCUACAACCUAUGUGCGGAGCGACAUUACGACACGUCAAAGUUCAGCUGUCGAGUCGCUCAGUACCCGUUCGAGGACCACAACCCGCCCCAGCUGGAGCUGAUCAAGCCGUUCUGCGAGGACCUGGAUCAGUGGCUGAGCGAAGACGAGCAGCACGUCGCCGCCAUCCACUGCAAGGCGGGAAAAGGUCGCACCGGCGUCAUGAUCUGCGCCUACCUGCUGCACCGAGGCAAGUUCCAGGAGGCUCAGGAGGCGCUGGACUUCUACGGAGAGGUCCGCACCCGGGACAAGAAGGGCGUGACCAUCCCCAGUCAGCGGCGUUACGUCCUCUACUACAGCUUCCUGCUGAGGAACCAGCUGCUGUACAAACCCGUCGCUCUGCUCUUCCACAAGAUGCUGUUUGAGACCAUCCCCAUGUUCACCGGAGGCACCUGCAAUCCUCAGUUCGUGGUCUACCAGCUGAAGGUGAAGAUCCACACGUCGAACCCCGCCAACACACGGCGGGAAGACAAGCUGAUGCUGUUUGAGUUCCCGCAGCCACUUCCUGUCUGCGGAGACAUCAAGGUGGAGUUCUUCCACAAGCAGAACAAGAUGAUGAAGAAGGAGAAGAUGUUCCACUUCUGGGUCAACACCUUCUUCAUUCCCGGGCCGGAGGAGAACCUGGACAGGCUGGAGAACGGCAGCGCCGGGACGCCGCGGGAACCGGCCGACAGAACGCAGCAGAACCCGGAGAGGAUGAUGAUGAUGAUGAUGACGGGAGGAGAACCCAACGACAGGGACUUCCUGGUUCUCACGCUGACCAAGAACGACCUGGACAAGGCCAACAAGGACAAGGCCAACAGGAACUUCUCCCCCAACUUCAAGGUGAAGCUGUAUUUCACCAAGACGGUGGAGGAAGGAGCCAACUCCGACGCCAGCAGCACGUCGGCCUCGGUGACGCCGGACGUCAGCGACAACGAACCGGAUCACUACCGCUACUCCGACACGACGGACUCGGACCCGGAGAACGAGCCGUUUGAAGACGACCAUCACAAUCAGAUCACGAAAGUCUGACACACACACACACACACACACACACACACACACACACACAUACAGAAUAUAUAUAUAUAUAUACAUAUGUAUAUAUAUAUUCUGUAUAUUUACACGCUCAUGAACCCCAAACUGAGACUGGCGUGUUGUUAGCUAAUGGGGAAUAUAACCAACGGACCACGACUGACCUACCUGCCCCCCCCCCCCCCCCUCCAAUCUUCUGCUCAAUGCACAGCUGGACAAUCACAUGACACGGCGGUCAGAGGCGAGGAGGGCUGGGGGGGGUAAAGGUGUGGGCGGGGCCAGGAGGCCGGGCGAACAGACAAUAAGACGGAUGAAUGGACAGACGGGAGGUUUAAAGAAUAAAACUUGAACAAACUGAGA